UAAUGAAAACAUUACUGAUAUACCUAGCAAUCUAGCAAACGACCCGACCCCUCAGCUAGAUAGAAAGUGAGUGAGGUAGAGUUGUAAACUUCGAUUCACACGUCGCAUCUUCUUGUUCAAUUUAACAGAUCUUUAGGCUUUGGCCUUCCCUUCUCCUUCCUUUUCCCAUUAAAGUUUUCUUCUUUACUUCUCCUUCAAACAUACCACCCAACAAGAUCUAAAGAACAAAAAAAGAUUUCAUUUGAGUUUACUUAUUGUCAUCAAAGCGGCAGUUUCCCCUCUAAUCAGACCUUUCCAUUUAAAUUGUAGCAAUGGUUCUUGGGCUGAGGUCAAAGCACAAAAAGGGUGCUUCUGUUCAAGUGGAGUACGUCUUUCAGAUAGAUGAGAUUAAACAUUGGCCUCCAUCACAGUCCCUCAAGUCUGUUCAGUCUGUGUUGCUUCAAUGGGAAAAUGAUGGUCAGAAUUCUGGUUCUAUUGUGUCUAGUGUUGGGGAUUCCAGCAUUGAAUUCAGGGAGUCUUUCACCCUUCCAUUAACUUUAUGUCGCGAAAAGAAGGACAAUGACAAAUUCCAGAAGAAUUUCUUGGACUUCUAUUUAUAUGAGCUUCGUAAGGAUAAGACAACUAAAGGCCAACUCUUGGGGACAUCAGUAAUAAAUCUUGCAGAUUUUGGAAUAAUUGAGGAGGUUGUAUCUAUUUACACUCCACUCAACUGCAAGAAAAGUUCUAAGAGCUCCGACCAACCAGCUCUGUUUGUUAGCAUACAUCCUACUGGGAGGGGUAGCUCAAGUUCAUCCCAAGUUAGUGUAGGGAAAGAACUAUCCAUAGAAAGGGAUGGACAAGAAUCUGUUGCAGAUUCUGUGAAUGGAAAAAACGAUGAUGAGGAUGAGGUUGCAUCUUUCACUGAUGAUGAAUCGUCAUAUUCAUCGCAAAAUGUUGCUAAGGCUGCAAGAUUUUCACCAUCUCAGAAAGGAAAGAUUGCACAUGAAUCCAUAACUGAGAACGUGCUGAGGGACAAUCCAGAACCUGAUAUACUUUUGGGACUGGACGCUACAGUAAUGCUCAUGGAUUCUACCAGUAGAAAUUCUAGAAAUGUAGCUCCCGGGUUGUCAAGUAGCUUAUCAUUGAACAGAGAAAAUUCUCUGAGCAACACCACCUCUUUAUCUAAAUUUUCUGAAAGAAGUAUGACGUCAAUACAGAAGAAAUCUGCUUCCCAAGCAACAGGAUCCUCUUCCUCAUUACAAAGUUAUAGAAAUAAAAAUGGGAAGGCAAGCAACUCUGCGACAGUUAUUGAGCAGCAAAGUAUGAUGUAUGAUAUUCAGGAAGAUAAUGCUGACAAGAAAGGUUUCCUCAAAGUCGAUUCCUAUAGUGAUCGCUAUCAGGACUCCCGAAAUAAACCAAAGGUCCACACUGAAAGUACAGUACUCAAGGAUUUACAUGUUGGUGUAGUGAAUGGAAAAGGAAUGGAGCUUCUAGAGAUUGACCAGCAUGAAGAGAACUUGAAAGAGAGUCCUCAUUUUUCAGAAAUCACAUUAGGCCAGAAACACAGCUUUUUGAAGGGUGAUACUCUUAAUUCGAAUAAGGUUCCUGUAUUGCAGGGAUCUAGCAAAGGUAAAUCAAAGCAUGUGAAGUCUCACCAACUGAAUGACUUAGCUAACAGAAGCGGAUUUCCUGAUAGCAGCCAGAAUCCAGAGAAGUCCGCAAAACUGCAUGUUUCGGAAGAUGCUUGGUCUAAUGGUAAAGGUAAUAAAACAGUGAAUGGAUCUCCUGAUAGAAAAAAUGAAUGGAAGUCUAAAAUCGAGACACUUGAGGAAGAACUAAUGGAAGCGGCCGCUGUCGAGGUUAGCCUUUAUUCUGUAGUGGCUGAGCAUGGCAGUUCUGCACACAAGGUCCAUGCUCCAGCUCGCCGCCUUUCUCGAUUUUAUGUUCAUGCUUGCAGAACAAAAUCUCGAGUUAAACAGGCAGGUGCUGCUAGAGCUGCUGUCUCAGGUUUAGUUUUGGUUUCAAAAGCUUGCGGAAAUGAUGUUCCAAGGUUGACCUUUUGGUUGUCAAAUUCAGUCAUAUUGAGAGCAAUUGUUAGCCAGGCUGCUGGAGGAAGGAGAGAAGAUGAUAGACCAUAUGCGGAGAGCAAUACGGGUAACACUAGUUUAAAUGGAAGAUCCCUGAAAAAAAGGAAUGAGAUUUCUUUCAACAAGGACCUCAACAAUUGUCUAACAGAAGAACUUGGUAACUGGGAGGAUACUGAAACCUUUAUGAUUGCACUGGAACAAGUUGAAGCUUGGAUUUUCUCCCGCAUUGUUGAGUCUGUCUGGUGGCAGACUUUGACUCCACACAUGCAAAACACAGCUACAAACCCUGGUGGCAGAUCAGUGAGCUCUAGUGUUAAGAAAACCUAUGGAUGCAGGAGUAGUUUAGGGGAUCAAGAGCAAGGUAAUCUCUCCAUUGAGCUCUGGAAGAAGGCUUUCAAGGAUGCCUGUGAAAGGCUUUGCCCAGUUAGGGCAGGAGGACAUGAGUGUGGCUGCUUGUCCUUGCUGUCUAGAUUGGUAAUGGAACAGUUGGUGAGUAGAUUGGAUGUGGCCAUGUUCAAUGCAAUCCUUCGUGAAUCAGCUGAAGAAAUGCCAACGGAUCCAGUAUCAGAUCCCAUUUGUGAUUCUAAGGUCCUCCCUAUCCCUGCAGGGAAAUCAAGCUUUGGCGCUGGUGCACAACUAAAAAAUGCUAUUGGUGACUGGUCUAGAUGGCUAUCUACUCUCUUUGGAAUUGAGGAGAAUGAUUCCCCAGGUGAUAAUGAAGACCUUCUUCAUGAUAAGGCACCAGGUCCCGCCAAGCCUUUCAAUCAACUCAAUGCUCUAAGUGAUCUAAUGAUGCUUCCCUUUGAAAUGCUCGCCGAUCCUCAAACUAGAAAAGAGGUUUGUCCUAUAUUUGGUCCAACUUUGAUCAGGCGGGUGCUCAGUAGUUUUGUUCCAGAUGAGUUCUGUCCAAUCCCAGUUCCCCCAGACGUCCUCAGGGCACUGGAUUCUGAGGAUGUUGGGAAUACUCCUGAAGAAUCUGUCUCAACUGUCCCAUUCACUGCGUCACCUACAGCAUAUUUACCCCCUUCAGUAAGGUCCAUUAAAACCUUUCUGGGACUGACUGGAAAUCAAUCUUUACAAAGAAGCGGUUCCUCAGCACUGAAGAAAUCAUAUACCAGCGAUGAUGAGCUUGAUGAAUUGGACUCGCCCUUGAGUUCAAUUGUAGCUGAUAGAUUCCGGGGUUCUCCUAAUCUAGCAAAGAUCAACUCUAUCGCCAAGGGAAACGGUGAUCGGAAAGUUGUUAGAUAUCAGCUACUCCGGCUAGUUUGGAGAGGAGCAGAACACUGAAGGACAAGGCCAUGGUGGUGUUAAUAUAUGUAAAGCCAGAGUAAAUUUUUUGUUUAUUUGCUUUCUUCAGUUGCUAAAUGCCCAUAUAUAGAUGAACUUCAAGACUGUUUUGACAUGAAAUUCAGUGGUUGGCUGGUCAUAUUUUCCAAUAAAAUGUAUUUGUUGAAGCUCUCCGAGUCUAGUAAAAACCUUGAUGAGAGUUGCUGUUGGUUUCAAAACUAAAGUGUUUCUAA